GUCUCUGCGCAUUUGCCGUGUUAAGCCAGAGGCUAUGGCCUCGCGUCCUGGCCCCUACCCCCUGAACGUCCGUUUGGGCGUCCGUCUGUGUCGCUGGGACCUCCAUGGACACCCUGGAGAGCCGCCACCAAACACAGGCCCGGCAACCGCCCGCCGACAAGGUCUGAAAGCCCGCGAGCGAAAGGCUCCGCCAGUCCGCCACACCCGGCCGGCCGCGCAGAGCAAAUCACGCCGCUCUCUUCCAGUUCCCGUCCUGCCGCGAACCCCGCCUACCGGGUCUCUCCCGCGGCUGGCCACGCCCGGUCCCGACCCGGCCGCGGCUCCGCAGACCGCGCACCGGCCGUUGAGCUUACGUCGCACCUUCAGCAACCGGUCUCGAGCAGCGGCCCCUCCCAGGCCUCGGGCUCUGGCCCGGCGGGCCGCGGCGACGUCUGUGUGUGCUUACAAGAUUAGAUGUAGAAUCAGGAGACCUGAGACCCGGCCUGCUCCUGCCACUACCGUAAGGCCCCCAGAAAUACAAAACAUGCUGGAUGCCUUCCAGGAAGCACGAUGGCUCAUGCACCCAGACACCACCGCACCUGGCAGCAGGAGAGGCAUUUUCUCCCUGUGUAUCUGUAACAGGAAAGAAAGUGUCCCCAAGGCCCCCAGUAGACUUGCCCUCAGGACCUGUGGGCCUCCUCCUAGCAAGGCCCAGAACUCCAUUUGCUGAGUCACUAGUUCUCAAGAAUCCUAAGAUCCCAGGAACGUGAAGACCCCACAGACGCUCCAGAGAAUGGUUCAUGUUCACCCCUACAGAUGCCUCUCCCUAGAAGAGUAAAUUGCUUAAGAAAACUAAAUUCCAUGGACGCGCAGCCGACGGCGUGGACCCCCAGAUAAGCUGUCCGAAGAAGGUUGCAACGUCGUCUCCUGUGAUUAUCCUGCCCCCCAAAAAGCUUACCUAAAUCUAAUGUCCUGAAACACCAGAUAAACUUAAAUUCAGGGACAGUCUACCAAGUAACUUGCUAGUGACCUUCGAAAAUGUCAAGGUGAAAAAAAUCAGAGAAAGGAUGAGGAACUGUUCCAAAUUCAAGACCAAACAUGACAAUUAAAGGUAAUGCAUGACUGACCUUUGAUAGGAUUCUGGGCUGGGAAAAAAGUAAUAGAUGCAAAGGACAUUAUUGAGACAAUUGAUGAAAUUUGAAUUUGGACUGUGGUUUAAAUAAUGGUAUUCUAUCAAUGUUAAGUUUCCUAAAGUUGGUCAUUGUACUGUAUCCAUCUAUGAGAAUGUCCUUGUUCUUAGAAAUAUUUAGGGGCACACAAUGUCCCUAACUUAUUUUUAAAAGGUUAAUAAAAAUCCAAAUAACACCAUAAAAGACAUGCAGUAAAUUAUAAGUGAUGGGUAAAUCUGGGGAAAAGGUA